GUGGACCGGCCCUGAACAGCUGUCCAGAGAGUAUCUUACCUGUCAGUCAGCGCGUGACUGUUGUCAACAGCGUUCAUCAGGUUGUCAGUGAUUGUCUGCUUGUCUUUCGUCUUUUCAUCGCGUACCAAUCAUUUGAUCUCAAGAGAUUUCUCUUGCUUCAUUUUUCAGUCAAUUUCCGACGUUUCUAAAAGCCGAUUUAGUUCCAAAAUUUGUUUUAAUUGUAUAAUAAACAAAAGCAGUGUCGCAACGAACACCCAGCUUCGCAAGAAAUGAGUAGUUGGGUGUUAUUCGGGAUGGGUUUCGUAUGUUUCACAACUUGACCGUUUUGGUAAAGAUCUUUAUGUGCUGGUAUAUAAUCAGCUGUCUGGGUUAUCUCUUAGUCACAAGCUGGACAGUCAACAAUCAUGCAUAUUGAAAUCGCAGUGUUUGACAAACAUAGCUAAUCCUGCAACUUAGGUUGCGUUAGCGCAGUCUAUUUUAGGUGACGCACAAUAUAUUCCUUCUGACUGAGGCACAAUAUAUUCCUUCGUCUUUUUCUUUUAACGUGCAAUUGAAAGGCUGACAACUGUUAUUUUGUGAUCUGUAUUACUUCUAAAUUUGUUAUAAUAUACAGUGUAUUUCAUGUCAUGAUGUCUGUGAUUGAACCAUCUGUUAAUGAUUAUGUAGAAAUCAUAAAACCCCUACCAUUACGUCUCCGGUUAUCUUAUGGAAUUGGACAUGUAUUAAAUGAUGUGUGUGCUUCUAUGUGGUUUACAUAUCUUCUAGUUUAUUUCCAUUUUGUGUUACAAUUUGAUAGCAUAUUAUCAGGAAUUGUACUUCUCGUUGGCCAAGUUGCUGAUGCAUUAGCAACUCCAUUUGUUGGCAUUCAAUCAGAUAUUACUGAUGGAUUUUGGCUCUGUAAAUAUGGAAGGAGAAAGUCAUGGCAUCUUGUUGGUACACUAUGUGUUCUUGGGAGUUUUCCUUUCAUAUUUUCAUCUUGCAUUCACUGUGAAAAUAGUGAUCAUUGGGCCCAGUUGAUCUACUAUUCAUCGUUUGUAAUAAUAUUUCAAUUUGGUUGGGCAUCUGUGCAAAUUUCUCAUCUUUCAUUGAUUCCUGAUCUGACACCCUGUGAACAUGAACGCACUUCACUUACAGCUAUCAGGUACAGUUUUACUGUGAUUUCAAAUAUAUUUGUAUAUGUCAUAACAUGGAGUGUUCUGCACAUGACAGAUGAUUCGAAUGCACAAAUAGGAUCCAAAGAUGGUCACAAAUUUCAAAUGAUUGUAUUAAUUUGCAUUGGGGUUGGAGCUGUAACAUCUUUUGUUUUCCAUUUAUUUGUGAAGGAACAAAACCUUUACAAUAGUGCUAUUGCUAGUUCCCCUGGAAGCAAAAAAAGUAUUGGACACUUACUUUCUAGUCUUCAAUUAUAUCAAGUUGGAGCAGUGUACAUGGCUACUCGUCUGUUUGUUAAUCUCUCCCAAGUUUAUGUACCUCUUUACUUGCACGAAACUCUUAACAAAAGCGCAGAAAGUUUAGCUGUGGUACCGUUGGUGAUGUUCCUUUCUAGUUUUGUUGUUUCAUUAGUAGUGAAGCCUUUGAACCAACGCUUUGGGAGAAAGAUUGCAUAUUUCCAGGGAGCUGUUAUAGGUAUUGGUGCCUGUACAUGGAUAUACUUUGAUACGGGUGCUUCUGGAUCAGUCAUGUUAGUUACAAGUCUGGGUAUUACUGCAGAUUUCAUUGGUCCCAACACUGACAAUGGAGCUUUUGUCUAUGGUGCCAUGAGCUUCUCUGAUAAACUUUCUAAUGGUGUUGGUGUUACCAUUAUUCAGUACCUGAAAUGUUCUGCACAUUCCCAGUGUGCACGCUAUUAUGGAAAUGUCUUGGGUUUUGCGUGUGGUGGUGCUGCCCUUUUUGGUGUGAUUAGUGUCUUUACUCUUGUUCCUUUUAAGUAUAACAGAAUUGGAGGUAAAUCUUACUCUCCAGUUGAAGAAGAACCAUCUGAAGCAGAAAAUGUUAUAUCUCCAUCACAACAAACUUGAAUGUACCUUAGUUUACUAGUAGUUAAAAAAAAAAAAAUUGUUAUUCUAUAUAUUUGAUAGAACCUUACAAACAGAAUGCAGUAUCCAAUUAAUUUCCACAAUGCAUUUUGAUUCUAGAUAAUGCUGAGUCCUCAGCUAACAAAAAAUACUUUCUAGGUACAGACAAACUCGAUGACAAAGUGGCCAAGAAAUACACAGUAGAAUUCUCAUUAAAAUAUCAAUUUAAAAAUCAGAAAAAUGGAAACAGAAGCCCCUAUUAAAAAUUUGAAAUGAAAAUGAUAAGAACAUUGUUGCAUUGGUUUCUCAUGUGAAAUUCAUGGCAAAAUAGAUAUUUCCAGAGAAAUUAAUAUUAUUUUCUUUGAAAAAAUUAAUGUAAUAAUAGUGCUAAUAGAUGUUUAGGUUCUCUAUAAGAAAAGUUACGAGUUUAUCAUCCUUUUUAGCAUGAUCUUCCCAAAUCCUCACAAUCCAAUGAUCAGGAAAACACACGGAAAAUGUGUGUUUGGUGUGUGAGGUAGUAACUGUUAAAACAUGACUCAGACCAGUGUAAAGUUAAAUAAUUUUUUUGAUAAUCUUGAAGGUGAGGAGCCCCAAUGAAUUUUAUAGUCAGACAAUUGCAUAAACUUUAUUUUUCGGGUUCAUAAUGUCAGGUCUCAUGACGAGUCCUGAAAAAUAAGAAGAAGAAGGAAAAAAAUAAUAAAGAAGUUCUUACAAUUGUCUGACUAUAAAGUUAUUUGGGGCUCCUCACCUUCAAGAAUGUCAUAAAAUAUUUGAUAAAGAUAGGUUAAUUACAAUACUUUUUCAAGAAAUUAAUGAAUUUUGAUGACCACAAUGGUACAGCUCAAUUGUUUAAAUCAAGUUAGAUGACGUCAGGCUAAACAAUUUUUCGUAUUUUUAUGGGAGUUAUAAUAGAUAAAGAAGAAAAAAGCUGAGAAAACAAAAGAACAGAAUGAAACUAAAAAAUGGUAAGACAGAAAUAAAUGAAAUCCUAGCUCUUGAAACUUAAAUGCAUUCAAGUCAAAAUACAAUGACAAGACCUGACAAUAAAGAUAUCUUUACCACAGUCUCCAUAGUUUCUAAUGCCUUGAUGGAGAUGCAGUUUUUUGUCCCAAAAAUGCAAUGCUACUGGUCUGUUUGAAAUUUCUCUGAUAUAACAAAAGAUCUGUGGCAAUUUGCUCAUAAUUUUCCAUGAUUAGUAAACAUUUUUUGUCAUUACAUAAUAAUGAAAUUACAUUAUAACUGAAAGGUUUUUCAUCAGUAAGGGGUAUUGUUUUUGUCAUAAAUAUAGAUAAAAUUUUGGCUGUGAUUCUGUAUUUGAUUACAUGGGCGUAGAUUAGAUUGACAAUAUGUAGGUUAUAAAAGAGUUAUUAAUUUAUUUUUCAUUGUAGAUGAACAGUUAAUGGUAUGAAAGAUGUUGAAGCAAAAUAUUUUGAUGUACUAGUGGAAGGGUUUACCUGAUAGUGGCUUAUGUGCCUGUUCCUGAUCCAUGAAAGAAAACAAACUGUGAUACGUGUUUUAGCAUUUAUAUAUUAAUAUAAUUUUGAAAGUAAUAAAAAUUUACUAGUUUGAUUUUGCAAGUUACUACACAAAAGGAAUUACUUUUAUGCCUAGCAUACACAAUCAUUUUACUUUAUAUAAAACAACAUGAAACUAUUCUUUUAAAUUUCUUUAAAUAAGUAUUUUAAUAUUUGAAAUCACUAUGAAUAAUUUUUAGUGUACAAUGAAUCUCGAUAUUUUUUUGGUAAGUGAUGUUUGAACAUGUUUGCUGUUUAGUUUUAAUGAUGUAAUUUUGUGACUCUUGUACCUUGCGUCUUUCUAACAAUUUUCACAUAUUGGUGAAAAUCAAUUCAGAAAUAGUGAAUAAUAUGCUAAUUACAUUUUUUGUGAUUUGAUUCUGUAAAGAAAUUGCAGUGUUCUUGACUGAAAAUAUCAAGUGAAUUUGAAGUUUAUUUCUUCAGGAGGGUAAAAUUAUAAUAAUUGUUUUGUUUUCACUGUAAGAACAAUUUUUUUUUGGGGGGGGGGGACAUAUGGGAUUUCUAGUGGGGUGACUACCCUUAGGCAUAAAUAACAAUUAAUGUAUUUUUUCACAUGAAAUUUGUAUUAUGUCGAUUUUUUUAAUAACGAAAGUUUUCUAAUAAAUAUUUGUAAGCACAACUUUAUUGCAAUUUGAGGGAAAGCAAGAUACAAUAUGUCCUUCGCAGUUGAUUUUAAACAUAAAUUUUGUUUACUCUUUUGUAUGUGCUCUUGUUAAGUUUAUUAUUUAUUUAUUUUAAAACAAUAGUAUGCCAGGGGCACUCAAAAGGGGAGACAUGGUGCAACUUGACCCAGAACACAAAUUAAUUGGGGCCUGUUAAUUUUUUUUCAUUUAAAACAAAAAAUAUAUUUAGUUCUUAAAAUUAACUGCUAUAAGUUAUUUCUGUCGCAUGAAGAAAUUGUUCUGUUUAUGUAUCGGAGAGGAGAGGUAAACUUUAGUUUGAAAAUGGAUCUAUUGCUCUGGACCUCGUGUUUUUACUGGGUGCCCCUGCAGUAUGCACACCAUUAACUCAUUUAAAUUAUAUAUUAUUUCAUAUAUAAUAAUUAUUAUGUAUUGUUUUGCUUUAAGAAAGCACUUUUGACUUUUAAAAACAGUAUUAUGAAA